GGGGGGAGCGGGUGCCUCCCUUCCUCGCGCCGAGGAUCGGCUGGGGCCGCCGCCAGGCAAGUUCGCCCCGGGAGCGGGUGCCGCGGGCCGAGAUGCUCCUCCGGGACCUGGUGCUGCGCCGUGGCUACUGCUGGCCCUCACUGCUGCUGCACUGCGCGCUCCACCCGCUCUGGGGCUUCGUGCAGGUGACACACGGGGAGCCCCGGAAGUCCUGCUCCAAGGUGACGGACAGCUGCCAACACAUCUGCCAGUGCCGGCCCCCGCCCCCGCUGCCCCCGCCCCCGCCGCCCCCGCCGCCUCCCCGACUCCUCUCCGCCCCAGCUCCCAACGCUACCUCGUGUCCCACUGAGGAAAGCUGGUGGUCGGGGCCGGUGAUCAUCAUCGCGGUCUGUUGUGCCUCCCUGGUGUUUCUCACUGUGCUUGUCAUCAUUUGCUACAAAGCCAUAAAGAGGAAACCCCUGAGAAAAGAGGAAAACGGCACCGGUGUUGCUGAGUAUCCCAUGACCUCCUCGCACAGCAACAAAGGGGUGGACGUGAACAGCGCCGUGGUAUGAGUCUGCAGGCCCUGGGCCGCUGGCCAGAGGGGCACCUCGGCGGCACUAGUGGACACAGGAAAGCAGGUGGACACGAGCUGACACUGGGCUUGUCGGGACUUCAUUGCCUUGCAGGACUCGAGCCUCCCGAAGGAGAAACCAUACUCUGCCCAGCCUUGCCCCCUGGUCAGUCCGUGGGCAGGGGCAGCGGACACCAUGCUGAGCCAGGCUCACCUGCGUGCAGCACCCGGGGCAGCGCUGCCACCCGCGGCCCCGUCUCUUCCUUGUCUUGCGUUUGAUCCGUUGACUGUCUCCGGGCUGCUGUCUAAAGCACACGCUCUGAGAAGGCAGGGAGUCUGUCUGCUGGGGCGGGGAGGCAUCCCCCUUUAGCCAAAAGGAAACCUCUCCUCCUCCCCAGGAAGCCCGCCUGCUUCUUCCUUGACCAAGCUGUCCCCAGCAGAAGCCAUGGGCGCAUCUGGGAGACGUCCCCGUUCAAAGGUGCUUCCCACACAUCUGUCCGCCGCCCCGUCUGCAGCUGUCUCAGUCUUCAGGGCCUG